AGCCACGCCAUGCCGCCCGACAAACCAGGACUGGUGAUAAAACGGCACAACAUCCGAAUAUGGUGCCACGACUGCGACAUGGCGCGCCUGCAGCGCGUCGUGUGGGAGGGACAUGGGGCCAGGCUUCUCAGCGAGGUGUCCAACCAACCUGUGGUCAAGAAGUUUCUGGAGGCUGUGCCUUAUUUGAUGAAUACGAUACGAGACAUCCACGAGGCAGUGAUCCAGAACGACUUGGAAGGUCUGAUGAAGCACUCAGGAGACCCGGUGACGCCGCAAGCGCUAUCCAGUCGCGACGCCAAUAAUAUGACUGCUAUGCAUAAGGCGGCCGGCUUAGGACACGUCAGCAUAAUGAAAUACAUCGCCGACCGAUACCCUCAAGGCAUCAACGACGUCGACAACGACGGACGCACACCUCUACACUACGCAGCUAUUGUGCGUGAUGAGCAGCAUACGUUUAAUACGCUGGUGGGAUUAGGGGCUGACGAGUCGGUUGUGGACAACAAAAACAAGACACCCCGUUAUUAUAUAAAUAGACCUCAGGAAAUCGACAAAAAUAUUCUGAAAACACUUCCUGAUGCACCUCGAACCCCGUCUAGCUCCUAUCCAUCGUCUUGGGAUUGGAAGUUACUGGACACAGAAGUCAUAGCUGAACUGAACAAAAAGUCGAGGAGGAAAAUGAAAGCAUCCAGUGAAAAUAUUUCUUCGAAAAAUAAUACAACCACCAUCUCUGAAACAAUAGAAAACAAGGCAGGGGCCAUGAAAAAUAGUAGCACACAUGAAUUCAUAAAAGACUUACCUGAUCUAGAUGAUAAUGUCAAGCCUAAUCACGGUAAUGGCGAUACGAAUGUUACUAAAUUAGAGGAUUCACAAAUAGCUGAAGAAACAGACGUUGUAACUGAGCAUCAUACUGAAGAUGAAGAAAAAGAUAAACCAGAGGAAGAGCAACCUGAAGAAGCACCAGUUGAAGAAAACCCUAACGACGUCGAAGAAGAGCACAAAACUGAAAACGGGGAACAUCAUAACAAUGAUGAACAUGAAACUGAAAAUGGUGAAAAUGAAGUUAACCACAAACAAGAAGAAAACGAUGAAAAACACGAGGAAGAUGAUCAAAGAGAUGAAAAGAACGAACCUGAAACACAGAAUGCAGAGAAUUACGGUGACAAAACGGAAGCUCAAGAGCAACUACCUGAUGUAGUUGAAAGCCACGAAGAAGUUAAAGAUAAAGAAAAAGCUGAGAUUGAAGAGAUUACGCACGAUGCCUCUGAAGACCAUGAACCACAUGACCAUGAAUCACAUGACCAUGAACAUUCAGAGCAGACUGAAGUUGACGAAACAAACCAUGCAAAUGUAGAAGAAAAGGCAGAGAAUAAAGACGAGGAGCAAGAUUCUGCUGUUGAAAAUCAAGAAGAACAUAAUGGUGAGUCACAAGUUGAUGAGAACAGUGAGCUAAUACACAAAAACAAUGACAUUCAUGAAAACACGAAGGAUACUGGUAAUGAAUCAGGAGAGGCAGUUGUUGAAUCUCCAAAAGAAGGUAAUAACAACUACGACCACAACGAGGACGACGAUGAUGUACAAGUACAAGGAGACGCUGUUUCCGAAUACAGCGAAACAAAUCUCAGAAGUACUGCGGAACUAUCCGACACGAAUAGUGCUAAGAGAGGAAACCUGACUGACGGAAGAAGUACGCAAGACAGUCUUAUUGAAGGAAUAGUAAACGGAGAUGCCGAGUUGGACUCCCAAGAUGCAAGUAUUACACAAAGAGAUGGAUCAGUGCACGGGGAAGGGCUCGCUGUUGACAGUGAAAUUGACCCGGAAGUGACGGAACUUAUAAAUAAUGCAAACAUGGAAAUGUUGGCAGCAUUGGUUUUAAAUGGAGAAGGAUCAAGACUAGUUGGUAGACGUUCAGGAAAUUCUGAAUUGCAAGCGUUUCUAGAUAAUGUCUCAACUUACAUGCAAAAAAUAAAUAAGGUUCACCUGGCAGCUAGGGAAGGUAAUAUUAGAGAACUUCAAGCAGCUUUAGAUCGACGGAAAUUUGCCAUAGCACGAGAUUCUAUCUCACCUAAUGGUGCCACGCCUUUGCAUGUAGCUACAGUUUUCGGAAAAACAAAUAUUAUGAAAUAUUUAGGUGGGAGAUUUCCUGAAACGCUCUCAGCGGUUGAUUUUGAAGGCAGAACGGCAUUACAUUAUGCAGCUGUAUUGCCCGACAACGGUCACUAUUAUAAUUUACUGCAACAGCUAGGGGCCAAUGCAAAGGACUUAGAUGAUAAUGGUCGUUCGGCAGAAGAUUAUUACAAAAAUCCGAGUAUAUUGCCGUUUAGUCAGUUAAUUACAGACUUUGCCAUAGACGAGGAAACAGCCAAAGAAAUGCUAUCGGACAAAGUGCCAGAGGACCAAGUUUCUUCAAGGAGAGUAUUGGAUGUACCAGAAGCAUUGGAAACGCUUGAGCGGUGCUAUCGUUUGCUGGCGUCUGCCCAUCCCGCGCGUACUCCCCUCUCGGCUUCAUCUAACAGAGCUACACCACCAUUGGUUUUAGGCAGAUUCCUCAAGAGACCCGUGUUUGAUGCACUCAAGUAUAGAGUAACAAAAUUAGAUCACGAUUUAUUCGAUGUGAUUUGGCCUGCCGUAAAAAAACUGCCAGACAAUCGAAACGUCGUCCAAACAGUGGAAGAGGAUUUUCCGGGAGGUGUGACUGCCCCCGACUAUUAUGUGUACGAAGUAUUUCAUGAAUUUUUAACCCCCUUAGUUAAAGAUUUGCACAACAUCAAUGUGCACUCUGAUUUGCCGCUGCAUCCCCCUUCGGAUUUUGUGACGCAUCAAAGACCACAGACAAAAUCAUCUUCCUCAUCGGAGCUCCUCGUUGAAUUGAAUAUAGAUCCUAAUGAUGAGUUUGUUCUAUCGGGUACAAUAGAAUGUACAAGAAACCUACAAGGAUUCGAGUUACCUAUUACUAUGAAAAUCGGCCAAUUGGAAACAAUAGAACGUAUUAUAACCACAAUUUUAAUGAGAGAAGAUUUUACUAAAAUUACCGUACAAUCUAAUCCAGAGUCUGACCAAAAGGGAGGAACAUACUACACAUUGAAUGAAGUGUUGGAGAAGCCAUCCGAAAUAUCUGCCACCUUAGCUUCCUCUGGACUUCUUAUCGCCCUUUGUGACAGGGAAGAAAUCGAUGAUUAUACCCGUUUGCACGGUAAACACUGGCCUUAUGGUCGGGGAGUUUAUGUCAGUGAUGAUAAAACUAUAGCCAUUUGGAUAAACGUACAUGACCAUAUCCGCGUAGUAACGUCUUCACCCGCAGAAUCACCAGGAGAGGUGGGCCUCCCGUUCAGCAAAAUGUUCACUAUUAUGGCAUACCUUCAUGAGAAAAUGGAUUUCGUAUUUGAUUAUAAACUCGGGCAUUUAUCCAGCAGACCAACAUUUUUGGGAUCAGGCAUUCGUUUCAGUCUAAUUGUAAAUUUCCCUGGACUAACAAAAGAUCCCGAUAACAUGAAGCACCUUUGUGCAAUGAGGGGUUUACAGUAUAGAGAGACUUUGAGCCCAGAUAUAGCUAGAAUUAGCAACUAUCAGUGCCUCAGUGUUACCGAAUCGAAUUGUUUCAACGAUUUCACGACGGCAGCAUCGAAUUUACUGCACUUAGAGAAAGAUUUGUCGAUGCAAAACUCGGCGCACAUCGCUACAAUGCUGUCCAAUAUUUUCCGUCGCAAAAGAAGCAGUUUAACUGGCGCGGAUACGUCGGAUUACGAGAAACCAUAAAGAAUUCAAUGAAUAAGUUUGUAGAUUAGAAGCCACUUUAGACUUUUAUUUUAUGAUGAUUAUAAUCGAAUGUUGGAAAGAUGUAGGUGCAGAUUGUCGUCGGAGUGGGAGCAUCGUUAGUAGCCAUAACUGCUGUUAAUGUUUUAGGUACGGACUACGUCGCAAACGGCCAUAUGGACAUUCCCAUCUUUCGGACCGACGAGGGCAGAUACCUCGCCAAGUCUCUCGGCGAUCCUUUGAUCAAAGGGUUGACCGAAGUGGCUAAUGUCAAGCCAAAGGACCCAGUG